AGUUUGCAGUGAUGUGCAACUUUUACGGGAUAGGAGUUCUUCCUUGUGUGCCCGCAGCUGUCCAUUAAAGGGACUCUCUAAGCACCAAAACAACUUUUGCUUAAUGAAGCAGUUUUGGUGUAUAGAUCAUACCCCUGCAGUUUCACUGCUUAAUUCUGUCAUAUAGGAAUUAAAUAACUUUUGUUUCUGUUUAUGCAGCCCUGGCUGUGACUGACAGUCUGCAUAAAAAAUUGUUUAUUUUUAAGCAUAGUAUAUUUGCUUUAGAAGUGUUUGUCUCCUGCACUUUUAAUUAAACUUUAAUCACACACAGGAAGCUCCUGCAGGCUUUAGCAGGCUAUUAACGGAAAAGAAGAAGUCAGUAGGAUAGAUGUCAGUCUGACUGCGGUUGAUACGAACUGUCCUUAUCAAGUUUUAUAUUUUCCUUGACUUCCCUGAAUUUGGAUCCGGGAUUAUCUCCAUCAAGCAGAUAGAGAUGGUGACGAAAAGAUGACGUUUCAAGAGGUGAAGGACAUGCUGCAGAUGAUAAAUAUUGAAAUGAACGAUAUGUAUGCAUACACUUUGUUUAAGGUGAGUCCCCUAAAGUCUCAUUAUAAGCCAGAGAGGGGGAGGUUCAUUUAAGUGAUGUCUCUAAUCUGUUCAUAUUUAUUUACAUUUUUCUAAAAAUUGUCGACUUUUCUCUGCCGAAAUUCGACCAUUUUUCGUGGAAGAGUCAGUUUCAGAAAAACAGCAUCAAAUUUAGAAUGGUGGGAAAAAAAUAAGUGAAACUGAACACUUUUCUGGUGGAGAAAAAGUGAGGGAAAUAUUGAUAAAUCGAUAGCUUCACUAAAAGGCAUAAUUUCGAAAUGAGGGUUAGGGGCACAAAAGAAGCAACAGACAAUACUGGUGAAUGUAAUAAAUAGAGUUUAAAAAAAGUAACAGGACAGACUUUAACUUUCUUGGGGUUGUCAUAAAAAAAAUUGUAUUGCAAUAUUGUCGAAAGCUUGUUAGCCUGCACAGGGUAUAUAGAACAGGUUUGGUUCUAUUUAGACUGUUUAGCAAAUGUUUCAUAAUUCACGGUUGCCCGAUAGGUAGAUCUCCAGAUGUUGUAGAACUACAACUCCCAUGAUGCUUUGCAUGCGUCGAGAAUUCCUUUAGAAUGACAAAGCAUCAUGGAAGCUGUAGUUUUAAAACAUCUGGGAAUCUACCUGUUGAGCGCCUCUGCCAUAAACAUAUUACUAUAUCUCACAUACUAUGUUAAUGUUUAGGUGAUAAAUUCCACCGAAAAACAAAAUGUUUGGUGAUAAACCCCCACCAAAAAGUGAGUGGUACUCUAUGUACUCCACCUUCAUAAUAUUUUCGAUUACUAUAUGUUUUACUUGUAUUUAUGAGACUUUACAAUGUUGCACUAUUUAUUUAAUUUUUUUGUUUUAUUUCAUUUCCAGCUCAUUUGCUGGACCUGUCUAUAGGAUUCUUAUGCAAGUAUUGAUGUGUGUUUGCUGUUAUCACACCAUAUACUUGGGCAGCACUUUUCACGCACUACACCACUUUGUGAUUAGGAUAUGUAAUGGUGAAAUUAUUUAUAUAUUAAUCUAGUGCAGACAUAAGCAACGGUUGGCACUCCAGAUGCUUUGGACUACACCUCACAUGGUGCUUUGCCAGCAUUAUGGGUGUAAGAGCAUUAUGGGGGAUGUAGUCUACAAUAUCUGGAGUGCCGAAGGUUGCCUAUCCCUGAUCUUGUGGAUUGAUAGCAAUUAUUUUCCUGGUGUAUGCUUUUGAGGAUUGCUGUCAUCACAUACAGCACUUUAAGUAGAACUUUUCAUGCACUGUACCACUUUAUAAUUGGUUGCAUUUUUUUUAUGAGAUAUGUCAUUUUGGCACGUUGUUAUAUAUUAUAAGUGGCUAAAUAUUGGAUGUGCACCAUUUUCAUGUAUUAUGUUAAAUGGACACUAUAGUCACCUGAACAACUUUAGCUUAAUGAAGCAGUUUUGGUGUAUAGAUCGUGCCCCUGCAGUUUCACUGCUCAGAUCUCUGCCAUUUAGAAUUUAAAUCACUUUGUUUGCAGCCCUAGUCACACCUCCAUGCAUUUGACUUACACAGCCUUCCUAAGCACUUCCUGCAAAGAGUCAUCUAAUGUUUACACUUCCUUUAUUGGAAAUUCUGUUUAAUUCUAAAUCUCUUAACUCCUGCUUUGUUAAUAGCUUGCUAGACACUGCAGGAGACUCCUGUGUGUGAUUAAAGUUCAAUUUACAGAACAGGAGAUAAAAACUUUUAAAGUAAGCUACUUUCUGAUUGAAAGUGAAGCCAUUUUUUUAUGUAGGCUACGUCAUUCACAGCCAGGAGAGGUGUGGCUAGGGCUGCAUGAACAGAAACAAAAGUGAUUUAACUCCUAAAUUGCUGAGAAUUGAGCAGUGAGACUCCAGAGGUUGUUUUGGUAACUAUAGUGUCCCUUUAAUGUUUAGGUCAUUAAUCCCAACAAAAAUGCUAAAAGUGUGAGUGAAGUGCUGUGAGAUAAAAUGGCACUUACCCCUUAAAUACAUCUGGGUACCAUGAAUUUAUGUAAAAAACAAAAACAAAUAAUUGUGCAAUUUUUUUAAAUUUUUUUUUUUAAUUCUUUAUUUUUGUUAGUGCAUGAAAUUACAUUCUGGCUUGCUACGCCACAAUAGCUGUAGGAAACCUUUGAAUAUCAGUAUAAAACAUAGCAUGGAAAAUACUGUGCACAUUUUUUAAAGGUAAAAUGAAAAUAAACAAGCUUAUCAGGUAUUUUAGGUAGGAAAGGAUACAAGCUUCUUUAAGCAGUAUAGAGUAAAGUUCAUGCUGAAGGUACGUUAGGUAAAUUAAGGAUUAACGUUGCCAUUGGAACUGGCUUAGGCAUAGGGUGUCACAGGCAGGGUCAUGCCAAACGCAAUGACAAGGUACGUAGUAUACACAUUUAUGCAGCCUAGGACAAUCUACAGUACAGCACAUUUUUAGUAAGGAAAGAUUUUGUGUUCCAGAGUGGUACAUGAAGGCUGAAAGACAUUUUAGCAUAUAAGCAUGAGUAAGAGCUUGUAACUUUCGGAUGUCAUAAGAGAACCAUUGAACUUAUUAUGAUACUGAACCUGCUAGGCACAUAAGAAAUCUCUGACUACAGAACAUCGCUAACUGGUAGAUAUUUCACUAACACGGUGUGUAGAAAGUAAGUAAUUAUCUCUGACUAAAGGAACCACCAUAAAAAUAAGAAGGCUGGUUUUGUGCUGAGGGGAGUUGUUAUCAGGGUGUAGAGAUGCACAUUAUAGGUGCUGUGUCCGUGUGGAAUCCAUCCCUUAUGCCACCUGGGUGAGCGUAGGCAUGAGUCCCUCAUUGUGGGCAGAGUAGAAGCAAAAAGAAAAGUGAAAGAAGAGGUAGAGAUGGAGAUGGAGCGCAGGAGGAGGAAGCUGAACGGUUACCAUGCUUUGCGCUCUGUGUGCGUUGUUGAGGGGCCAUAUGUAAGAUGAUGGUUCCUGUGUUCAGUCUCUCGUUCAGCCAAUGCCCCGCUGGGGUGCUCCACAUUCCAGCCGGGAGAGUCUCAUUGUCAGGCUCAGACGCCCUCGAUCUGCUGGUAUGUUGUUGGAGUGGGGCAGACAUGUUGUGGUUUGCAGGGUCAGUCCGAGUGGUCCUGACCUCCGCGGUACGUUGUGAGGCAGGCUCUUCGGGUUAGCCGGGUAUGGAGGUGCCAGGUUGCUAAGAGUAGGGUAAGCCGUAGGUCUCUGUUGGUGUUGGCUGGGUUUAAGUGGGUUUGAAGAGUGCUUGCGGUGGUGCUUAGCCGUCGAUAGGUUUCGUACUUUUCCCGGUUGGGACUGUGCUUCAGGGCGGAUGCUGGACAGUGCCGGGCGGAUUCUUCGGCGCCUUGUUUGUUUAUGUGUCCUCCGUUUCUUCUUAUUUAGUGGCAAUGCUGCACCACAGUUUCGCCCGUGAGUCGCAGGCUGCCCAGUUGUGAGCGGCACGGUUGGGUCUGGCUGGGCUCCAGCAGGCUUGUGCCGGCAUGCGGCUAUUGUGGCCCAGAAGUUUUCAAAUAAGGCAUCAAGCCUCUCCUGCAGAGUCAGUCGGAUGGGUUGAGGCAGUAAGAUGUACGAGGUGUGCGCCAUCUUGGUCUUGGUGGGUGGGUAGUCUCGAGUGUAUAGUGGCAGGAAUUUCAUGAUUUUGCCACCGUUGAAAGUUGCCGGGAUAACCCCCACCGGCUCGGGGGGGGGUUGCAGGCUGGUCUUCCCGGGUAAGUGCUUGAUAGCAGGCUGAGGGAUCGGCCGCCUCCCUCUCGCGCGCUGCUACUAGGCCUCUUGUAGGCCGCGGACUCUCCUCCGGUGUUAUCCACCGGUCACGGCUGGAAGCACCGCUAGUAUGGGAGCUAGGGAUGUCUCCCGAUAUUGUAGUGUAGAGGGCUGUAAGUUUUGGGUCGCAGGGUUGUAUUUAUCGGUUAUUUAGGAGCCAGAUUGUGCGGAGCUCUCAGUGUGUACGACCAUUCUGUGCGGCUGCCAGGCUCCGCCCCCAAUUGUGCAAUUUUGAAUAAAAUAUAUAUGUAUCUCUGUGCUCUAUCGCCUCUCCUACACAUGAAACAUCCUUCAAAUUGCUAUCUUGGUGGUACCGUAACCCAGAGAAGAGCAUAUAAACCAGGAGAAACAGGGCAAUGCUGGAGAUGCCUGCAACAAAGGGGCAGAUUCCUACACAUGUGGUGGAAGUGCCCUAAGAUCUCUCAGUUUUAGUCCCAAAUUCACACCAUAUAAGAAGUACUGUGGUCUUGAUUGUUUCUCGUAAUACUACCUGGAAGUGACGUAUUGUUACUAUUUUGAGAACCUCUGAAGCAUCACGGACUUUGUCAUAUGCUGCAAAACCCCAAAAUGUCAUAUCAAGCACAUGGACUUCAGAAUCGAGGGAAGGACAACGCCUCCGCCUACAGCAAACACUUCCGAUUGGCCUACUAUAUCAUGGAGUUAAUAAGGGGUUGUCAACCUUUCAACUUUAAAUAGGAGUACCCAGGAUCAGAAAUGUACUGAUUGUAAAAGAUUACACGGUGAAACAUGUCUUGGUGAAACAUGUUUUUAAUUGUUUUUAUUUUACUUACAAAAUAUUUACUUAUAUUACAUUUACCUGCUGAUUCCUUCUAUAUACUGAAUCCUGAGUUUGCAAACAAGGGCAGUAUCACCUUAUUUCUCGCACCAUAUCUACAAUACAUGCAGUCCGUAAUUAAUGGUCUCCAAUUUAAGGUAAGCAUACAGCUUUGGAAUAUCACACAUAUCACUGUUUUUUUGUCUUUUUCUCUGAUCAUUGCUGGAGGAACACACCAUAAAGCUGUACAAAGAAGGCACUGUUGCUGCAUUAAAGGCACAGAAUCCCUUACGUUUAGAGCCUGUCUCCAAAAAGGCUCCCCCAUAUGUGAGUCUCCAUUACUCACCAUCAUUGUUCACAAUACAGUUAUAUACAUAUAUAUAUUUCAUGCCCAAUUAUAUGCGUCUGAUUUUUACACAAAUUCAUGGUUCCUCAGUGUAUUUAAGGGGUAAGUUCUGUUUUAUUUAACAGCGCUUCGCUCACACCUUUUGAUCGUAUUUGGCAUAUUUUUUAUUUUUGUGGAAAUUUACUGAGUAUCCACGCAGUGUCAUAGCUGCUAUAAAUUUAUUACCAUUGAUAAUUUGUUAAGCAACUUUAAUUUCACAUCUAUUUUAUUUUGUUAUAUAAAUGUAUCUUUUCAGCAUACACUUCCAAAACUCUACUAGAUGUGUCAUUUUUUUUCAUGUUUCUAUCGGUGAUCUUGCAAUCUACAACUUAAGCAGGUGCUAUAUUCAUACACAGAAGUUUAAAACCCACCCCUGGCAGAUGCCUCUUCCUGCUGUUAACUUGGCAGGAGAAGGGCAGCUAAAUUUAGGUUGGACGUGUGGCACUUACCCAGUCAUGAUACAUAACACAAGUCAUUGCUGUGGAGAAUUGAACUGCAUAGUGUUGCUCAGAGACGUAGAGACCAUUGCUGAACAUAUGCUUCCUUUAAGAUCUUUGAGUCUAGUGCAAUGCACACUUUUUUUUAAUGUCGAUAUCCUGAUCAUAGACUAGGAGGGAUUGAUAGGUAAGGGAGAGUAGAUAAGCUAGCAUAUGAAUCAAAUAUUAUCAAGUGUCUAGUAUACAGUUCCUAUGACUUCUUCUCCCAACGUUGCAUCUCAAUCGUCAAAGGCUCCCAAUGGUCCAUGACUUGUGGCCUUCACAGUUCUGUUCUGAAGGGAAUAUUCAUAAAACGUAGCGUUGAGAACCCUUGGCAUUAAGAGCCAUUUCUAAGAUUAAUCCUUGAAGGGUUUUAGUUGGCUCCCAUUCUGUCUCAACUUCCUGCAGGGCUAAUUGUAUCUUAAUGUAAACUAUAUAUAUAUAUAUAUAUAUAUAUAUAUAUAUAUAUAUAUAUAACCCUCAACCCCCUUGUAUGCUUUCGAAAAGAUUUCUCCAAAGAAAAAUGUGGACAACACAGAACAAAGAGAUCUUCAAGUCAGAAAUUGUCAGGAUGAGGCUGUGGCCCAACACACAGAAUUAAGUAAAAGUGAUAAACGUAUUACCGGGCCUUAGAAUGGUCAGAUUUAACAUAGAAAAAAUAGUCAGAAACAAGCCGACGUCAUGGAUACAGACAGGAGCAUAAACAAAAAACCAAAGCCAAAGGGUCAGGGAUACCAGAUAUAUGGAUAGUCAGAACAAGCCAAGAUCAAAAACCAGGAUAACAAUGUACCAAAUGCGUUCUCGGAUAAUCAAAGUACUGGAAACCACGACAGGGCACUGAACACUAGCAGGUUUGGGUUUAAAUAACCUCCAAAGCCUGCUCAUUGGUUAAAAAGGGACCUAUAACACUAAACGUGCGUGUGCGUCAAAAACGGAACGCCGCACGCACGUUUACGUCACUUAUGACGUUUUUGGGGCGGUGCUAUUUAGUUAGCCAUAACGUUGGACCCGGCCGCUACACCCGAUGCCGUUAGAAGGAGUGGCGCUGUAGAUUAGGUGAGUAACCUCUCCUUCAUGCAGCAUGGCCGCACUGAUCGGGCGCUUCCACAUGGCGUCGAUCAGGCACCGCGUGAGCGUACCGAUCAGGUGCAGCCAUGCGGCGCCUAUCGGGCACCGUGUGAGUGCAAAGAUCAAGUGCAGCCACAUGGUGCCAACCGGGCACCGUGACAGAAAUAAGGUAGUAAAAGGUUUUGUCAGACUUUUGCAUAUUCCAUGGAAUGCCACAAAUCAAUCUCUAAUAUAUUGUAGUGGAUUUAGAUAACUAUUGAAGAGGUCCCAGUUAAGAGAAAGAUUUUGUAGAGGAGAACAGCUGACAGUCUACUGGUUCUUUCAUUUUUUAUUGUCUUGUGCUUCUGUUAUUUUUAAGCCCCUAAUUAAAGGACAACUGUCACCUCAAAAAUCUUUUAUUUUUAGAUGUAAUAAUCUUUUAAUCUAGUAUUGAAAGAAACUCAAUUACUUAAAUGUUUUUUUUUUAUUACUUAUUUGUAAAAGAAAAUUUAGAAAAACUCAUCCCUACUUUUAGUUUUUUUGCAUUUUUUUUACAUAUACUUUUUUUUGAAAUAUAUUUUCUUUCUGUGCUUGAAAAGCUUAUUGUAUUAAAAAAGGUUUUUUUUCUGAGAUGACUGGUGUCCUCAAACAAGCAAUUGUCCAUGUAUGAAAAGCGUGAAAUUUGUUAAAAUGUCGAACACGCAGUUGUUUCAUCAUCACAUAAGGCAACCACUUUUACGUCUCCUACUUUGUGUUUUGUCAAUAUUUAGACAACCCAAUAGCAAAUCUUCAGAACACUUCUUGAUUAGUGCUCAUUGGAUGGCACUGUAUAAAUACGGUUGUACCUACUUAUAGAUAAUACCUUCUGUGUCUCCAGAAAUGUGACCGCUCUAACACAGACACCCUGGAGGACUGUGAGAUUGAAGAAUUCUGUACUCAGCUGAUGCACAGGUCAGAACUUGAGGAGAUAUUUUUCCAAUACUCUGGAGAAGACCGGGUAUUGUCCACAGAGGAACUACAGGAAUUCCUGCAUCACCAAGGGGAAGAGGCCACUCUGGAAAGAGCUAAAGAAAUCAUCUAUAAGUAUGAACUCAACGAGAAAGGUACAAGGGUUAUGCAUGUGUGGAUGUUAGUUUAUAUACAGUUUAAAAAUAAGUAAAGGCAACUUCAUGCCAUAAGAUAUACCAGGUUAGGUCACCUUUGGCACUCCAGAUGUUGUGGACUAUAUCUUCCUAAUGCUCCUUCAGCCAUAACGCUAUACAAUUAAAAUGGGGUCCUGGUUUAGCUGCGCAGGUCUAACGAAACCUUAGCGGUACAAUGCGUUAUAUAUUUUUAUAGUGCAUUCAGUCUAGUCGCUGGCUUAUCUAACUAAUCUAGGACACAUGUUUUGCCGGGCUGUGUAACCAGGGCCGUCUUUAGCGCGGGGCAAACGGGGCAGCUGCCCCGGGCCCAGUUGCUCCUGGGGGGCCCCAGAGCAGCUGCCCCGUGGGCCCCGCGAUUUCAGCAGCCCCCAUGUACCCGGCGGCCGGCGGUGCAGCCGUACCCGGCGGCCGGCGGUGCAGCCGCACCGGCCCGCCAACUAAGGAGGCCCCCGGGUGGCCCAUGCACUAAGGGCCACCCUGUGGGCAUGUGGCAGAAGGGGCCCGGUCGGGCGCUGUGACGCUUAAACAGCGCGACCGGGCCCCUUCCUGUACCGGCUGGGAGGAAGUGAGUACCGCGUGUCACUUCCUCCCACCGGAGAUAGCCGCGCGGGAGGAGGAAGGCAGGGAGGAGAGGAGUUCCAGAGAAGAACUCCCAUCUGCCUCAGCCUGCCACUGGACCCCAGGGAAACCACCCUCCAUAAAAAGGUAAGAACCUGGAGGGUGGCUAAAUGUAUGUCAGUGUGUGUGUGUGUGUGUGUGUUAGUAUGUCUGUGUGUGUGUGUGUGUGUUAGUAUGUCUGUGUGUGUGUGUGUUUGUUAGUAUGCCUGUGUGUGUGUUAGUAUGUCUGUGUGUGUGUUAGUAUGUCUGUGUGUGUGUGUUAGUAUGUGUGUGUGUGUUAGUAUGUGUGUGUGUGUGUGUUAGUAUGUCUGUGUGUGUUAGUAUGUCUGUGUGUGUUAGUAUGCCUGUGUGUGUUAGUAUGUCUGUAUGUGUUAGUAUGUCUGUAUGUGUGUGUGUUUUAGUAUGUGUGUGUGUUAGUAUGUGUGUGUUAGUAUGUUUGUGUCAGUAUGUCUGUUUGUGUAUGUAUGUCAGUAUGUCUGUGUGUGUCUAUGACAGACAUACUGACAUACACACACAGACACACUGACAUACACACACAGACACACUGACACAUACACACUGACAUACACACACACUGACACACACCACACAGACAUACUAACACACACAGACAUACUGUGUGUAUGUCUGUGUGUUUGUAUGUCAGUAUGUCUGUGUGUGUAUGUCAGUAUGUCUCACUGUGUUUCAGUGUGUGUGUGUGUGUAUGUCAGUAUGUCUGUGUAUGUCAAUACGCCUGUCAGUGUAUGUCUGUGUGUGUCUGUGUCAAUAUAUCUGUCAGUGUAUGUGUCUGUGAAUAUGUAUGUGUCUGUGUGUGUAUCAGUAUGUCUGAAUGUGUGUCAAUGUUUGCCAGUAUAUAUUUUUGUGUCAGUGUAUGUGUGUGUCAGUAUGUAUCUGCGAAUGUUUUAAUGUGUCUUUCUGUGUUUGUAUGUGUCAGUAUGUCUGUCAGUGUGAUUGCGGGUUGGGCGUAAUGGGGAGGGAGGGUGCAGUGACAGGGCCCAGGGGGCCCAAGAAAAGGCUUUGCCCGGGGUCCUAUUCAUAUUAUAGACGGCCCUGAGUGUAACAUUGGCAUAUUAUUAUUAUUAUUAUUAUGUAUUUAUAUAGCGCCAUCAAAUUCCGCAGCGCUUUACAAUGGGUGGAUGAACAGACAUGUAGUUGUAACCAGACAAGUUGGACACACAGGAACAGAGGGGUUGAGGGCCCUGCUCAAUGAGCUUACAUGCUAGAGGGAGUGGGGUAAAAUGACACAAAAAGGUAAGGAUAGUAUUAGACUAAUGACAGUUGCAGAAGUGGAAUCAGUCAGGAGCUAUUAACAGUUUAAUGGAUAUGCUUUUAUGAAGAAGUGGGUUUUUAACGAUUUUUUGAAGGAGUGGAGACUGGGUGAGCAUCUAACGGAGGAGGGAAGCGAGUUCCACAGGAACGGUACAGCCCUCGAGAAAUCUUGAAGGCGAGCAUCAGAGGUGGGAGUACGGACAGAAGAUAGACGUAAGUCUUCAGCAGAUUGUAAGGGCCUAGACGGGACAUACUUGUGUAUAAGGGAGGAUAGAUAGGUGGAAGCAGCAUUAUGUAGAGAUUUGAAAGCAAGAACCAGAAUUUUUAAUUGAGCUCUAUAUUUUAUAGGAAGCCAGUGUAGGGACUGACAGAAGGGUGAGGCAUGGGAGGUGAGCCUCGCUGUCACAUUCAUUAUGGACUGUAAGAUUUUUACUAUCGUCUAGAUCCCUCCAAAAUAACCAGAUCUGAGCAUGCUGCUAGGUAUGUAAACGAGAGUUAAACAGAAAGAUAACAGAGCACAAAAAUUAACUUUGAUUGACUACAACCUGACAAGCUGUAAGGUGGAGCAAGUCCUUGGGUAUGUACACGUGUACCGCGCUCGGGGACAUGUGGCACUGGCAGCCAAUGCCUCGGCUUGGUAUGGUCGUGUGGCCACUGGGCACCUUCGAAAACAUAGAUUGGUUGAACAGUGGCUCUGAGAACUUGCACCUUUUUGUUUAAAGGUUAUGUUAGUUAAGUAGCUAUGUCUGUACGAUAACCAAUUAUUUUAGAGUAAGAAUGCCUGUGGUAUCAUGACAACCUUGGUAGACAGGGUUACACAUAUGUGAGAAAGCAAUGAUCUAGCUUAAACAUUCAUGCCCUCCUAUAACGUCUUAUCAUGCUGGCUGCUGUGCUAACAAGGGUCUAUUAACUCACAGUUUAUUAACUCACUGUCUAGAGCUGUCUAGUGUUCAUAAUGUAGGCUAACAUGCAUGCAGCUGAUAUGUCUCUGACAUAGCAUUAGUUAAGACUAAACAAUUAUGCAUUAUGUGUGGAGUUGAAAAGACUCAGCUAAUCUUAAGUGGGAUCAAUAAAUGCUAUCAUUUUUUGCUUUUGUGUCGCUAGGUUGUUUGUAGCCUCGGUUAGAGUCCCUGUCCAAAGACAAAUCACGGCUGACAUCCAGCUCCCGCAGUUUAGGCAGUCAUCCGAUUCCUUGGCUGGGCUUCCACCUUCCUUGUGUGCAAUAUCCACGAUUUUCCCACCAGGGUGAGAGUCGGUCAGUCAGUAAAUGGCUGAGGCCCGUGGGCAGUCCGUUUGGGCCCGCAGGGUGGCUUGACUGGGUUCUCCGAGCUGUAAGGUGCCCAGAGGCCUCCACGGCUCCGCUGAGAGUAUCGUAGGGGAGUUUGCACUUGGGUUGCAGUCGCUUGAUGGCGUUGGCCGUUUCUUUUGGGCACAAACCCCCCAUGGGACAUUGUCGCGUUUUCCAACAGAGCCGCUGGUGUGGAGGUUGGCCGCCUCUACCGCACCUGCACCCGCUGGUAGGCCGCAGCCCUAUCUCCGCUUCAGAUUGCUUCUCCAGGUACGUUGUACCGGCUAAAAGAGCCCCGGGGUUUCGGUGUGAUCUUUUAAGGGUAAGUCGCUUGUUUGCCGGUUCUUGCAUGGAGUUCUGGUUUGGUGCGACCAGUCUGCUCGGCGGUUAGCCCCUUUACCCCCCCAUCCUAGAACAUUGUUAUGUCUGAUAUGUAUGAAUGUAUCAUGGAGCCCCAAAGCAACAGAAAUCAUAGUUCUGCAUAGUGCAUUAAAGGGUCUUACAUCAAGAUAAAUUGCAGUAAUGUGCAUUGUGUAUAAGUUUAUAAUUAAAAUUCAUAGUCACUAAGCAGUAGAACCCAUGUUACAGCAGCAUGUUGUAUGGUUUAAACCAUAGUAAAAUGCAAAAGAAGAAUUAAGUGUAAAUAGUUCACUUUGAUAUUGUGCUAAAUGAAUAUCCCAAUUAUUUUAAUGGCCUGCAGAAGGUGACAGUUUUGCUUUCCGAAAUCCAAGUAGCAGUGUUGUUUAUUGGAGUAGGCAGUGCAGCGGAGGUAAAUAUACAACAUCUGAAAUAAGAAAGUUGGUCAAAUAGUUGUGCCAGAAUUUGGUGAGACUUCUUUGGAAUUGCUCUUAAUAGAUACUAAGUAUAAAGAAAAAUAAAAAGGUGGAUAAACCACCAAACUAGGGAAACCUAUCUAUGAGUGGAUGACUGGACAGGGAUAAAGCAAUAACUUUUAUUGAAUUGGUAAGACUACAGAAAACUCAGUGAUACAUUAUCAUUAAGUGUGGGUAGACAUGCUAGAGGGGUGGUUCUGGUCCUAUAUUUCUCCUCCUGCAAAGGCUGGCCCGAUGUAGACUUACCUAUUAUCUACCUAAACUGAGCAGAAAUUCCAGUCGAUUAGAAGCUACCUAUCUGUGAACCUCGUGAUUGUCUAGAUCAGGGGUGCCCAACGGUAGGUCCCCCGAUGUUUUAAAACUGCACUUUCCAUGAUGCUUUGUCGUUCUAAAAGCAUUCUAAAGGCAUGGAAGGCAUCAUGGGAGCUGUAGUUGAACAACAUCAGGGGGUCUAUCUUUUGGGCACCCCUGGUAUAGAUUCACUUCGUCUCACUGAAAAUAAGUGUAAAGGCUGUAUACGAUGGGAACAUGUAGAUGUUCAUUAUGCUAAAUUUGUGGAUCCUUAGAGUUCAUAAUAAACAAUUGUACCUUAGUAAAUACGUGUUUUCAUCAUACAUCCGACUUUACAUUUUAUCUUCAUCCAGUGGCCCACUCCCAGGUAGGCUUCCCUCGUUUGGAAGUUUAGCUACCUUUGUGUUUUUCUCUCUGCUUAGUAAAUAAGUAACACCCUUACCUAUGCUGAGCCUGCACUUCCAUGCAUUGAUGCAUUGCAUGGUGCAUUUUGCCACCAUCUUCGCAUCAGUUAUACAAAUAUACAUCACUUUGGCAAAUUCAUAAUGCCAGCCGCUCAGACAUUUUUUGUUCUGUUGUGCGGUAAGAGCACGUGUCCUUGCAGGCUCAGUUGCAAAGCAUCAUGGGGUAAAUGAGGCACUAUCAGUCUGCCCAUGUAAUAGACUAGGCAUUCUCAAACUCCGGCUCUCCAGAUGUUGCUGAACUACAACUCCCAUGAUUCUUAGCCUAUCUAUUUCAUCCAUAGAAUCAUGGGAGUUGUAGUUCAGCAACAUCUAGAGGGCCGGAGUUUGGGGAAGCCUGUAAUAGACAAACACAAGGGAGGCCUAAUCAGUCUGUCUUUGUGACACACAUGCACUAAGUACACUGAUCUAGUCUAGAUAAUGUGACACACCCAGGAGAAAGCUUUUGUAACUCUGUUACAUACAAAUAUAGAACUACUAACUGUUGCUACAAUUAUAGAGUUAUUAUCCAAAGAGUGAUUUUGUCAGAAUUCAAAGUGAAUUUAAAAUGUUAGGUCUAAAAUAAGCGAACUGAAAACCUAUCCUCCUUGGAUAAUCUUUCCAGAGCGGCUACUUUGAUCUAAAACUUGAAGUUCCUAAAUACAACUGCCAUCAAGGUCUUAAUUUUUUUUAUUUUUUUUUUAUUUCCAUUGACGCUUUAUACUGAAUACAUUAUAUAGUGUUUUAGAAAAGGGCCAGUCAGGUUGAGUGAUUAAGUCGAAGGGCUUUCCACAGACACGAAUCCAAAUCCUCCGUAUUCCCAAACACUGCAUUAUAUACUAAUGGACUGUAGUGCUAAUUCUACUGACAAAUAACAUUCUUGGCUGCUGUAAAAAUAACAGUUUCUGUCUCUUUGCCAGGAUUUACAAAGCAACUUGCGGCUUAAGAUGUCUAUUUUGCAGCUGCAGUUGGAAUGUCCCUGGGAUAGGUGCCGCUACCUUAGUAUAAACUUCCUUUUAAGACGAAAAAUUGUCUUCAAGACUUGUGAAUAGAGGCACAUAGUGAUGUCGUCACAGAUUUAUUGUAUAGGAGACAAUUUGUCACUUCCACCGAUUUUUUUUUUUUUAUAUUAAGUUUACUUAUCCUAAUACAUACUAAUAUUUAUUUGUGAGGCCCGAAACAGAAAUAUAAUGUAGAAAUUUAGAUUACUGUAUUGUGCUGCCAUCUUUGAUUUCUGUCAGUCAGUAUCGGAAGUUCUGCCCUAUUUUGACAUUUGACGAAAGCCUCCUCCAAUACAUUGUGCGCUCUCCCCAAUGUGUGUCACCCCCAUAGAGUGUCUGUACCGCAGCCGUAUAUAUAUGCGAUGUCAGUGGCCUUGCAGGUCUUUUCACACCGUCUGGUUCACAUACCUGUGAACUAGGUUGUGGGUAGGUUGAUACAGCCACUGUAUGGCUACAGUCAGUUUAGUUUAUUAAGCAAGUCCACUCAUCCAAAGCAUCAUAACCAAUAUAGCCAGCUGUAGUGGUUAUGGUACCAGCAGGCCUGUGGCUCUGCCGUCCCCCCACUUCUGUGUCAAAUAAUUUUCGAGGUAAACGUCUGUAACUCUGUAAUAAAAUGGGUUACUAGCACAAUCAGUUUAUUCCAAUUCAUUUGCCGAGCCUGUCUGCUGAUAGGGGCUAAAGUGGUUAUGGUGCUUGCAAUGCCUUUGAUGUUUUUUUUAUGAGUAAAGUUAUCUGAUGGAGUGCAUGUGAGAUUAUACCAUGAGACAUUAUCGAGGCUUUAGAUCACUAUUGUGUAACUGUUUUAUUGAAGUUACAAUGUGCAAUAGUACGAGUACUCCUAUACUCUUUAGCAGUCUCACCUCAACGCUAUAAAAUGGGUUUGUUUUUAAAAUAUUGGUCACUAUGGAGACAUGGCUUGUGGAAGGAAUUUACCGCGUUUAUGUGUGCUUUUGACGGAUGACAAACUAUAAAACGAUAAACUAGUUUCUCCUGUUAUGUGGAAUGUAAUAUGUUACAAACACAAAGACACACCCAGCCAUUCAUAAACACAAACUAGUGUACAAGCAGAGACACUCGAUAAACACACCAUUUAUUCCAAAGUGCACUAUCCACAAACCUUCCAAACAGAGAUACAACAUUAAAUACCGUGCAGUCGGUCUUCUCACUUGUGUCUGGUUAGAGCUCAAGAAAAUCUGAUGUCAGCAUUUUGUGAAUUUCGUUUGAUUUUCUCAAAUAAAUAAAUUAUGUAAAUCUGAACUUCCUGGCCAAGGGUAUGAUACCCAACUUAAAUUUAUGAAUAAUCAUUCAAAAAUUCUGUGUUUAACCAAUUUUAUAUCAAUAUAUUUUGGAAGCUAAAUAUGGUAUAUAGGGCGUGUGACACAAAAAGAAUGAAAAGCCUACUUGUGAAUUAAUAUCUGACUAGGCCGGACAUUCUUAGAGUCGUAGAGAUGGAUUUGGGUGAGCAGAUACUGUCAUGUGUACGUGACAUGUCCAUGCGCUUUUUUUUUUUGAGGGCCAAAACGAAAACAUUCUCAACAGAUCAAAGAAAACCUGCUUUGGAUCAUUGUUAAAGGGACACUGCAGGCAUGGUAUCUGCUUCAACUCAUUAAACUUGUUAGAGUGUCUGAGUCCUCUGGAGCCAUCAUUUGAUUGAGCAUUAAAUAGUUUUUAAUGUUAGUUUUUAAUGCUAAACGAGAGUCCGCAGCAGUCCCACAGUGCUGCUUUGGCUUAUGAGGAAGUAUUAGCUGGAGCAGCUGUGAUUGGCUGAGAGUUUCAGCUGAUGGCUUUUAGCCUAUCAGAGCUCCAACUAACCAUAUGAAGGAUAUGACUACAAGGAAGUGUGUAAUCUCUGCCUUAGCCACGUUUCUAGGGCCGGACUGUGGGUAGCCAGAGACCCUUAUUUAGUGCUAAACUGUUCUAAAAUAAUUUAAUACUGAAUGAAGGGACAAUGCCAGGGGAGUCCAGGCACCAUAACCAAUUCAAAGAGAUAAACUGGUUAUAGUGCCUAGAGUGUCCCUUUAAUAAUAUACAGUGCACUUUACAGUGUGGGAUAUUUCUAUAUUUAGAUAUUAAUAGUUUUAACCAAAAGAAUACAUUGAGAUUCAGUUGAAAGUCCAUGCGUAACCAUAAAUACCGUUAGAAGGUCACUUAUUUAAGAUACUUACAAAACAAAUAUUAAAACAAAACCUAUCUCUACAGUUACUGUCUGAACAUAGAUACAGAGAGACCUUUUCAGAAGUCUAAACGGGUGGAGGAAUUUGCUUUCAGUAAGAUUAAUCCAAAAUUGCAGAUUACUGUACGGGAAUGUUGUUCGACCUGCUUCCUUACAGCCGAAUUGACAAAAAGUAGAGUAAGUGGACCAGAGGUCAUAGAAGGAGCGGGCAGAUCGAAUGCGCAUUCUGCACAGAUUAGACCAUGGCCUUAAUUAGCUGUAGUUAUAAUUCAGGGAAAUAGGCUGAAAGGUACCUGUGCAGUUGUUUGUUUAUACUGAAAACACAUUGUAAGACAAGGAAGCAUAAAAAAUACAGUAUCUAGAUUACUGGGAGUCAUAUAUUUUUUUGAGGUAUAACACAUGUAUAGCAUUCCUGUCCUAAGGCUUUAGUAUAUGUGCUGUACUGUAUAAAACACACAGAAAGUGUAUGUAAUAUGAAUAUAUAAUAACUAGUGAAGGAUAGAGACUAUCAAGACUGCCAUUAGAACUCUUGGCGCCUCUAAUUAACCCCCAGAUCAGGCCCCCCCAGCCACACUAAUGUACACAUACAUAUUUAUAGAUGCACACAGAUACACAUUCCCAGAUACACUCACAUACUCACUUGGAUACUCACUGAUACACACAGGUACUUACUGAAACACUGAUACACACAGUUACCCUGCCAGACAUAUACUGAGAUACACUCACAUACUCACAUGGAUAUAAACUGCCAGACACACACUGAUGCACACAGGUAAAUACUGAAACACUGAUACACACAGUUACCCUGCCAGACAUGUAUUGAGAUACACUCACAUACUCACAUUGACUGCCAGACACACAGUUACACACUGUCAGACACAUACUGAUUCACACACUAAUGCACACAGGUACACACUGUCAGACACAAACUGACACACACAAGUAUACAGUGUCAGACACACAGGUAAACACUGCCAGACAAACACUGAUAUACACUGUCAGACACACACAGUGAUACACACAGCCAGACACAUACAGUGAUACAUAUAGGUACCUGCCAGACACUCACAGUGAUACACACAGGUACACGCCAGACACACACAGUGGUACAUACAUGUACCCGCCAGACACACAGUGAUACAUACAGGUACCCACCAGACACACACAGUGGUACAUACAGGUACCCGCCAGACACACACAGUGGUACAUACAGGUACCUGCCUGAUACACAGUGAUGCACACAGGUACACGCCAGACACACACAGUGGUACAUACAGGUACCUGCCUGACACACAGUGAUACACACAGGUAACCGCCAGACACACACAGUGGUACACACAGGUACCCACCAGACACACAGUGAUACAUACAGGUACCCGCCAGACACACACAGUGGUACAUACAGGUACCCGCCAGACACACACAGUGGUACAUACAGGUACCUGCCUGACACACAGUGAUACACACAGGUAACCGCCAGACACACACAGUGGUACACACAGGUACCCACCAGACACACAGUGAUACAUACAGGUACCCGCCAGACACACACAGUGGUACAUACAGGUACCCGCCAGACACACACAGUGGUACAUACAGGUACCUGCCUGAUACACAGUGAUACACACAGGUACACGCCAGACACACACAGUGGUACAUACAUGUACCCGCCAGACACACACUGAUACACACAGGUACCUGCCAGACACACUCAGUAGUACACACAGGUACCCGCCAGGCACACACUGAUACACACAGGUUCCCGCCAGACACACACAGUGAUACACACAGGUACCCGCCAGGCACAUACUGAUAUCCCCUUUUUAUAAUCGUAGAGUUCUGCGGAAUAUGUUGGCGCUGUAUAAUGUUAAUAUUCCUUUGGAUGUUUUCUGUAUGCCAGGUUUAAUGAGUUCUGCAGGAAAGCAAUGAACAGACCUUUAGACAUUUUCAUUUAUCAGCGGGUUUUAUUUUGAGUCAGUAGAUCAUCUCUAUCUACUUCUAAUUCACAUAUGGAUCUUCAAAUCCAGGCAGAAAAAUCGUUCCAAGUUCUGGUUUGGCAGGUUUCUGCACGUUAGUAUCACAUUCAGAUGCCGUGUAGUUGAUGUUAUAUUUUUACCCGUAUUGUGGUUACUGAAACAAAAAUGUCAUUUUCUUUAGCAUAACGAGUUGGAAAAACAAGUUCAGCUUAAAUUAUGUUUUGGAUAGAUACAAAAAUAGAUAGAUAGAUUUAUAGAUGGAUGGAUAGACCGGUAGAUAGAUAAUAGAUAUAUAGAUGACAGAUCGGAAGGUAGGUAGAUAGAUUGAUACAGGCUCUGGACAGUAGGAGUCAGAUGGCUGUUUUCCUCCUAGCGUGAAGGGAGACAGGCUCUCCUUAUCUCUAAGAGUGCUGCAAGAGCCAUACAGGGAAAAAAAGUUCUUCCCGGAGCCCUAGGACUAAACACAGUUUGACUGUCAGGACUUACCCUGAGUGGGGGAUUUUGCUGUGACACUGUGUGAUUGCCAGUUGAUACCUGAAGCACUAUGCUCUAGCAGGGUCUUGCUGGGUAGGCUUGACAAAUAGAUACCCUAGUUUCUCCACACAGUGUGUAGAGGAACUCUUCCAUAAUUCCCUGUGCCGUUAAGUGGAGUGUGAUAACUACUAUUUUGGUUUAUGGGACCCCUAAAUCCCCACCUGUCCAUCAAUUACAGGACCAGGCAGUGCACAGUCUCAUGGUUCGCAUAGACUCCCGUACUCCCACACACCCUUAUACAAUCAAACAGGGAAUUAUUUGUAAUGUGCCUGGAGUCUUACUGCAAUACUACAGUAUUUUGUUUAAAACUGAAUCAGCCACUUAUUGAUGAUACCCUGCCUAUAUCCGGUACCAGGAAGUAACAUUCUGAUAUAUUGAAGGAAAACAUUGAUUUCCAUGUACAUAUUGCAGUGCCCAUCUACCUAUAUGACUAGUCCUGAACUUUGGAACAUUUUACCCUAAGGUCUGAAGUUAUAUAACUUAAAAAGUUUCUCCAAGCGUUAGAACUACAACAGCUCGCUGUAGUGGUUAUAAUGCCAGGAGCACCCUGGCAGGGGAGAAACCGUUUAGCAAUGGUCAGGUCGACAUGUGUCAGCUGACUGCUUUCAGCCAAUGACUGAAAAUCUGUGCAAUGGGAAUUGACAUUAGUCAGCCUGAGUCUCUAAUUCUGGGCUGACUGAUGACACCCCAUACGACGCUGCUGGAGGUGGAAUUACACAAGGGGUUAACCUCUCGCUAUGUUAUGUGUAGAGUUUCAAAGCAAAACGCUGCACAUACGGGUUCCAGCCACCAUAACCACUUUAAAUCACUUAAUUGGUCAUGGUGCUUGGAGCUCUGAACUUGUGUACAUAUAGAACAUAUGAAGUUAUAAUCCAUAAAUUAUAAUUCAUUUCAUUCUCCUUUUUAUUAAGGUUUCCCUCCCCACCUCCCACCAUUAAGUAGAAUGACAUAAGAUCUUAAAAUAGACACACCAAGAAUCAUUGGUGCAAUAAAAAUCUUAGGGAAAAGUUUUAGACCAGCCUCAAAAGGCCCGAGUGCUUGUCUCAGGGUAUUACGUAGAGUGUUAAUGUUCCUGUGAGGGUGUGGAUGUUUGUCAGGACUUGAGGGAAAAGGGGAUAAGAUAAUGGGAGAAGGCACAAGAAAAGUGAGAAUUAGAAAAAUUUGGUUAAUCCCUGAGACAACAUUAAGUUAACAGAUCAGGGACUCCUGCCUCACCAAGGACUAGAAGAGACCUUGUCUGUCGGGAGGGAUCUGUAUAGCAAUAUAGUCAGGUGCCCCCUGACUUUACGAAAUUGUUUGGUUGUGUUAUGCAAACUCAUUGUAUGAUCAUCAAAUACCAUACUCCUGAGCAGGAAUAGAGAACAUCCGGUACACAGAUGCGGAAAAUGAUUCCGUUUGCUUGCCUUGUGAGUUUAAUCUCCUGGUCAUAGCAGUUCAGUAGUGCUGACCUGGAGUCCAGCCAUAGUUCUUCUUUGAGAAACCUACUGAGUGUCUUAAACACUAACCUCCAGAGUAGCAACUUCCUUUUGUAAUGCUUGAUAUAGAUCAUUUAUUAAAUAUAUAUGAAAAAAAUAAAAAUAAAUAAAAGAUCAUUUUGUUUGCCUGUGUCCUCACACUGUUUGAGAGAGGUGCUGACCAGCCCAUUUCAAUGCUUUCUCUUUGCACAGCCACAGUUUAUCUCAGAGCCGGGGUUUUGUGACUUGCAGUUUAGUUAGCAGCCUUCUAAUUAUGAAAAACUGCUAUCAGAAAUACAACACAGAGAAACGUUUGCAGUGCUUCGAGACAUGAGAUAACAGGAACAAUAGUGAUAGUGGGUGCCAGUACUGACGUUUGGGUAGAAGGGCGAGAAACGGUGUGCUUUUGGAGCUAUGACGUUAUGAAUCUUCUAGGUACAGGAAACAGCAGGAAGGACGUGAUUUCAAAUGGAGGGGUGUCCCAGGGGGUGGAGUUAAGAUGCAGGAUGCUACAAAAAUUUAUUUUAAUUUUGCAAAAACUAUGCAAAUUGUGUUUGAAAAAAUGCAGAUAAUCAUUUACUCUAAAAACUGUUAGAUGCAUAAAUUGUAUGCCGGUGUCUGAUGUGUCCCUUUAAUUCAUUAGAAAUACUGUUAUAGCCCCCUUGUUUUUACAGACGUGUUUUGCAUUGCUUCUUACUCCUAACUCCCUCUCUCAGCCAAGCAGCAUGACCUGAUGAUGUUAGAGGGUUUUAUGAUGUACCUGCUCUCUGAGGAAGGCGACGUCUUCAAUCAUGAACACAAGAAGGUCUACCAAGACAUGACACAGCCCCUCAGCCACUACUUCAUCUCCAGCUCCCAUAACACCUAUCUGACCAAUCACCAGCUAGUGGGGAACAGCAGCACUGAAGCCUAUGUUAUGUAAGCAUUAAUUGAGAAGGUUAACAUAUUUAAAGGGUCAUGAUGUACAUAAUACUCUAAUAAUUUGUUUUAUUUAGUGAUGUGUCUUUCUACUUUGUAUUCCCACUUACCUUAGGCAAUACAGGACACAUAUCUCUCAUAAUAUCUUCUUAAAGGGACUCUCUAGGCACUAUAACCAUUUCAGAUCUGUCUGGAGUCCCUGGACUGAGACUGAGUUUGUACGCAGCCUUUUCAUUUAGCGUUAAGCUAUUUUUAGUCCAGCCCAUACUGGAGGUGUGGCUAAGGCAGAGAUCACACACUUCCUUUAAGCCAUACAGAUUCAUACCACCAAUGGGUGCUGUGAUAGGCUGAAAGAGGUCAUCUGACACUCUCAGCCAAUCACAGCUGCCCAUUGCUGCUCAGACUAAUGCUUUCAUCUUAGCCCAAGCAGCACAGAGGCGAUUGGCUGCUGGGGGACUCCUGUUUAGCAUAAAACAUUUUAAAUGGUUUAAUACUGAAUGGAAAGAGAUACAGAUUUGCUAAUGUUAAUUCUGUGCAUAACCACUCAUUCAUCAGCUGAGCACUUUCAACCAAUGAAUGAGCUCCUAUGCAUAGAAUAUGCAUAGAAUUAAACUAUAAAAUGGUGGUAUAGAUACAAUGUGUGACCAAAUAUCUUACUAUGCCUUUCCUCUGCUUUAAUACAACCAGUAAACUGCUAAUUAUACUUAUUAUUAAACUUUUAUAUACAUAAAAAUGUACAUACUCUGUAUAGUUACUCUACCUACAGUACAUACCAUUUUCUGCAAUGUAACCUGUGAAGUGCUAAGUACACCUGUUAGUACUGUACUUACUAUACUUCCUUUUACUAUACAACUCUAGUUAAAUCAGGGAAUGCCGUAUAUAAAUUAAAUAUAAAAUUUUUUAUUAUUGCCAGUGGUACACCAGGGGUUAACUGAGCAUGAUACAAUUUUCUAUAAGCCUCUUGCAGCCCCUUGCUCUUUAGGCACAGAAAGUGUUAAUAAAACAGUUUCUGUAGAUAUCUGUAACAGAUUUGCCGUUGAGUGCUCUGCCAGGCUCCUACUUUUCCAAAGAAUGGCGUACCCAUGGCCUGCGUAGCGGGAAGCGUCCUUUGCCAGGAAGGGAUGAGUACAGCAAACAAUGCGCAUAUAUCAACAUGUGGUCAUCGUAAGGGACCUAUUCAGUCGCCUGUAGCACCCAGAUGAACUGCAGAGAAAUACUGAUUGCCGUAUUGCUUUAUUAUGGGUUAAACUGCAUGGUUUCUGGGUAAAAAAAAUAAAUCUUGGCAUCCCAUAAUAAACUUGUGCCAGUGCUUAAACUGUUGGCACUUGGUGUCCAUUCAAAAUGACGCAACCAAUCACCAAUUAUGGUUAUGCCAGUGCUUAUAGCUGGAUUAUGGUUAUGCCAGUGCUUACAAUAACUGGAUGUGGAGCCCUUUUCGUAUUCCAGAUUAUUUUCAUAUUUCUGAUUGUUUUUAUGAGACAAAGUUAUAUCUUCUUGUAAUAUUAAAAAGGACCCCGCGAUUUUCUUCCAAUGAUCUCUUGUCCAUCUCUUGCAGGGCGUUUAAAGAGGGCUGCCGCUGUGUGGAACUGGACUGCUGGGAGGGACCUUCUGGGGAGCCUGUCAUUUACCACGGGCACACUCUGACCUCCAAGAUAUUAUUCAAAGAUGUCAUUUCUACCAUUCGAGACAAUGCUUUUAAGGUAAGAACUGGGCACCUUUUGUCACACUAACUGGGUGAACAACAGCAAAUCAUUGAAACAGACAGAAAACUAUGGCCUCGAUUUUUUUUAUUUUUUAAGCUUUUAAAAUGAUCCCAAUCUGUUAGAAGACUUUUCAAAUAAGUUAUCUACAGAAGUCACCAUUAAAUAAUUCAUGUAUAAAUCAUAUGAAUCAGAUUGUGAUUAUUUUAAGAGCUUUUCCCAAAAAUAUUAAAUCAAGGCCAACGUGUGGCAUGUCUGUCUCACAAAAGAGAAUAACGUGUCAUAUAUAGAAUGUUUGGAGAUGUUAAAGGACCACUAUAGUGCCAGGAAAACAAACUCGUUUUCCUUGCACUAUAGUGUUAAUAGGUCCCCCCACCCUCAUGGCCCCCCUCUCACCGGGCUGAAGGGGGAGGAAGGGUUUAAAUUCUUACCUUUCUCCAGUGCCGGGCUCCAUCGGCGCUGGGGACUCUCCUCCUCUUUACGACGUCAUCGGCUGAAUGCGCAUGCGCGGCAAGAGCCGCGCACGCAUCCAGCCAGUCCAUAGGAAAGCAUUUCUCAAUGCUUUCCUAGGGACGGCAGCGUCUUCUCACUGUGAAAAUUACAGUGAGAAGCGCGGAAGCGCCUCUUGCGGCUGUCAAUGAGACAGCCACAGGAGGCUGGAUUAACCCAUAUGUAAACAUAGCCGUUUCUCUGAAACGGCUAUGUUUACAGCAGGCAAAGUUAACCCUAGAUGGACCAGGCACCCAGACCACUUCAUUAAGCUGAAGUGGUCUGGGUGCCUAUAGUGGUCCUUUAAGAGAAAAGGCAUGGUACGGGGAGAUGAAUUGAGUAUCUACCUGUACAGAGACAGGAUGGUACGGGGAGGUGAAUUGAGUAUCGACAUAUACAGGGACAGGAUGGUACGGGGAGAUGAAUUGUGUAUCGACAUAUACAGGGACAGGAUGGUACGGGGAGAUGACUUGAGUAUCGACAUAUUCAGGGACAGGAUGGUAUGGGAUGAUGAAUUGAGUAUCGAAAUAUACAGAGGCAGGAUGGUACGGGGAGAUGAAUUGAGUAUUGAAGUAUAUAGAGGCAGGAUGGUACGGGGAGAUGAAUUGAGUAUCGAUGUAUACAGAGACAGGAUGGUGCAGGGAGAUGAAUUGAGUAUCAACGUAUACAGAGACAUGAUGGUAUAGAGGAAGAGGAAUACAUUUAGGAGAGAAGGAAUUAAUAUAUGAAUUGAUGGCAGAGGGAAUGAGUUUAUAAGAGUGAAUGUAGACAUGGGAUGGUAAAGAGGAGAAGGAAUGUAUAUACGUAUGUGAUGGAAUGUUAGGGGAUUGAAUGAAAACCUUAGUAGACUCUUGACAUAGCAUUUGAAAACAUACAUUUUUUCUCACUGGUAGAAUUCACUGUUCCCUGUCAUCCUGUCCUUGGAGAAUCACUGCGGAUUGGAGCAGCAAGCGACAAUGGCGUACCACCUGCGUAACAUUCUGGGGGACAUGCUGAUAUCAGCACCAAUCAACAAUCUAGAAUCAGAUCACUUACCAUCACCAGAGGUAAGAUGAACUCGUAUAUAGCAAGUCUCACACCUGGCGAAGAAUUACAGUGCAGAACCUUUUAUCUGUACCCAUCGUAGCGGAACAAUGCUGAGGAAACCUGUAACCUACAGGGUGAUUAUAAUUGCAGCAAGCAGAGCAGUUGAGUUCUGAACUUGUUUCUGUCUUAGUGAGCAUAAUAUUUCUGCCCUAGGCUAAUGUUUAACAUGGAAGCGCAUUUCACAGUUACAUAGUUACAUAGGAUGGAAAGAGGCAUGUGUCUAUCAAGUUCAGCCUUUCUCACAUCUGUUUUUGCUGUUGAUUCAAAAGAAGGCAAAACAAAACCUAGUUUGAAGCACUUCAAAAUUUGCAACAAACUAGGAAAAAAAUCCUUCUUGACCCCAGAAUGGCAGUCAGAUAUCUCCUUGGAUCAAGAAUAUAUUACCCCACAAAUUAAAAAUGAUAUCCCUGAAUAUUAUGUUUUUGCAAGUAUGCAUUCAGUUACUGUUUAAACAUCUGUACGGACUCUGAUAAAACCACCUCUUCAGGCAGAGACGUCCACAUCCUUAUUGUCCUGUAAGUUUAUUUCUGUGCCCAGCAGAGCAUUGCAAUUCUGGCUCUAUCUCUGUACCUGCAGUGCUUAUCAGUACUAUCACUGCUAUAUUUCUAUCUAGCCUAGCUUGGCAUGUUCAGUAUUGAUGGUAAGUCCUUAUAUGUCAUAGUAUUACAAUGGUGAGGUGGUAUCUGUACCUGGCAUAGCAGUAGUGCUGAUACUAUAACUAAAUUUGGCGUAGCAGUGUAGUGUUUAUUAUAACUCUUGUAAUAAGUGAAUUGGAAUAUUAUUACAGUUUACCUGCUGUACUAGUGCAGCAUUUAAACUGUCUGUGUCCCUGCUGUAGUAUUAGCUUGUCGAACCUAUCUGUAACAGAUAGUGUAUCUAGUAGUGUAGAGCUAUUUCUGUAUCACGUAAAAGCUUUAACAUAAACACAAAUUUAAAAAACAUAAAUCUCUUAUUAUAUAAAUUUAAUGAAGUGUAAUAUAUUGAUGAAGUGCAAUAUACUUUGCUAAGAAAAAUGCAAACAAAUUUACAAAAUAUGUGAUACACACUUUUUACCUCAUUGUUACACUUUCCAGAAAUUCACAGUAAUGACAUCAAAUAAAGAAAUAAACAAAUAUAUAUAUAUAUAAAUAGUAUUAGUCUGUGUUAAAAUUAAAACAGGUGUAGGGAAAUGGAAUAACGCUCACAAAAAGAGAGCAGGUAAGUCAGUGGUUUCCAAACCAGGAUUUAGGAUUACCCAGUUGUGUCAGGGUAUUUUUUUCUUUUCUAAAAACACGUUAGACACAAUUGGUUUAAUCCCUAAAUCCUGGACUGGUAGAUUGGUUUAAGGACUGGUUUGGGAACCACUGAGGUAAGUACUGGCUUUAAAUAAAGAAUCUCUUACCUUUAUUGCGGUCCGGUGGAUUUAGCACACCACCUCUUGCCUCUGCUGCUGUGAAGUCCAUUGAAGGAGUGGUUUUCUUUGGAGCCCGGACAACGCACCUAUUUUUUUUGUAUUGGUUUUUAUGAGAGUGUUUUUUUUUAAGUUAGAGCAUUUAUUGGGAUGCUGCUAUUUUUGGUGAUUUAUGUUAUACUUUUAAGAAUUAGUUAGUGCCAUUUAUUAACUCAUUGUACUUGGAUUGAAAGUUUGUCAAGAUCAACUCUGUACUAUUCCAUUGUCUUCAUAUCAUCAAAGGGACAUGAAUAUAGUAAUGCUACGUUUCCCAAAUCUCUAUUUUCUCUUACAGGCUCUGAAGCGGAAGAUUCUGUUAAAAGGGAAGAAGCUGAAAGAACGUUCGUCAUCAGAGGAAGAUGAUGGAAGAACCAGGGUGGUGAGUUGGGGGAACGAGGUUGGUAACAGAGAACAUUGGUUUUGAGACAUGGUGAGAUGAAGGUUAAUAAUGGAAGAUCUAAGAGUUUAAAAGAGCAACCAAGUGGUGCCUUAAUUAAAGAAGGAUGGUGAGUUUUGGUAAAACUCGUGGGUUAUGUAGUGCUUAAUAAAGGGUGGUGGGUAGUAAUUAAAGCAUGGAUUUGCAAUAGUAAAAGCAGGGUAUAGUUCUAAAGGUCUGUGAAAUCCUGCAUUUCAAAAUCUUUAUUAGUCUUUGAGAAAACCAAGUUUUUGAGGCAGACGAUCUACCUGACAUUUCAAAUCUGGACUGCCUUUGUGUGUGGAAUCAUUUUGACAUGCAACUAGAAUAGGUUGUCUAUGUGAACUUAAAUAUGCUUGAGACUUCAGCAACUUACCAAGACCUAGAAAAGGCUAUUUGAGUUGUUAACCAUUCUCUGUGUUUUCUGGCUUAUUGGUAAUAAAUGAGUAUUUUUAGAAGGCCACUGUGUUUUUCCGCAAAUCCAGGAUACGGCUCCUGAACUUUCGGACCUUGUGGUUUAUUGUCAAACGGUGGAAUAUCGCGAUCAACCGGGCCUUGCUUGUGAAAUGAGUUCCUUCAGCGAGGAUAAAAUUCGUAGACUCAUAAAAGAAUAUGGUAUUGGAACUUCUAAAAUAUUUUAGAAUACAUAUAUUAAUUGUUAAAUAACAAACAUUGUCUUUAGUUCUGUAUUCUCAUUAAAGAGAGUAAAGGGGAUUUGUGUUUGAGAGAGAGAUACCUGAACUACCUGACUCUUUAGAAAGACUGUGACCCGUCUUUUAAGUUUACCUCCUUUUAUAAACAUAAUUAUGAAAUUAAUUAAAAUAAUUACUAACACACUUAAUUAUCAAAUAACUCUUUUAUAACCCUUGGCAGGAAAUACCAUGGUACGGUAUAACACUCGACAGCUCAGCCGUAUUUAUCCAGAUGGACUGAGAGCCAACUCUUCAAAUUAUAGUCCUCAGGAGAUGUGGAAUGCCGGCUGCCAGCUGGGUAAGAAUACUGCCACGGGUGAACAAAUAGUGGAUGGCCAACUAAUGCUACAUAAUAACUUCUACCAACUUAAGCCAGGAUCUGCCUGACUGAUGAUGAGGGGUACUAUAAUCACUUAAGAGUUAUAUUCACAUGUGAUUUUUCAAUUAACUGAUUGUUAGGGAAUAUUUGUCAUGCCCAGGCAAUGCAAUGAGAAAGUUUAGUUAUUUAGUUCCUCAUGCCUCAUGUAAAGUCAUCUAUGACUAAUUUGUAGAUGUUUCAGAGGAUCCCUCACUCUUAAAGGGACACUAUGGUCACCAGAACAACUACAGCUUAUUGUAUUUGUUCUGGUGAGUAGGAUCAUUCCCUUCAGGCUUUUUGUAGAAAACACUGGCUUUUAAGAGAAAAAACAGUGUUUACAUUACAGCCUAGGGAUAACUCCACUGGCCACUCCCCAUAUGGCUACUAGAGGUGCUUCCUGAGGCAGUGCUGCACAGUGUAACCAACACUCUGCCCCUGAUCUGCCUCCUUGACAGUCUCAGCCAAUCAUAUGGUAAAGCUUUGUGAUUGGCUCAGGACAACACUUCUGAUGAUGUCAGUCAAGCAGGCAGAUCAGGGGCAGACCCAGCAGCUGCAGACUUGAACAAAAGAUUGUACUAUAUUUAGGGGAGCAAGGAGGGGCAGGGGGCUAGAUGAUGGUUUUAACAUUAUAGGGUCAGAAAUACAUGUUUGUGUUCCUGACACUAUAGUGUUCCUUUAACAGCUACUGUCACAUGCAGGAUAGAUCUUUGGGCUCUUACAAGUGCUGUGGCUUUGCUAAUGAUUGGUGCUACUAAGCGGUUUGACAUGACCAGGCUGGACUAGAUUAUCAAAAUAUACAAGGGUUAGGUACUGAUCAGUAUAUCUUGGCAACCUUAUAUCUUCCACAGAAUUCCAAUACUUCAUAUAUUCUGAUGACACUUAGAUAGUACUGUCUGUCCCCGAUUGUUCCACCCUCCUUUGUCAUUUACCACCGCUCCUCUUCUCUAACGUGAUGCUCCUCCCUUCGUGUCACCGGUGCAAUCACCAACCCUGCCCACAAGUGUAAUGAAUUGAUGUUGUGAUGCUAUAGUUUUCUGCUCUUCUCACAUCCAAUUAGUUUUUGGAUACUGUCACUUUCAUUUUAAAAUUAUAGCUUGUGUAUUCCGCUUUCUAACAUUAGAUGCAGCCAAAACAUUUGUUCUUGCAUUCAUUACUGUCCAUAUAGCAUUGCACACAAUAAAAUAAAUAAAUAGCAAAUUUAAUAAUAAAAAUAAAUGUCAUGACAUGCCCUAUUUAAGACUACACAGAGCCCUCCAUAUUUGGUCAUUUCAUAAUAAUUGAGUAGUGGUUCUAGAGAGAUAAUAUGCCCGACACAUUACCCCAAUUGGAGAAUGCAUUGGACUAUUCUGUGGCUAAGUCCACUACAAAGCCAUGGGUCCAACACAGUUCCCUAUGCUUGAUUAAUUUAGUGCUGCAGCCAAGGAUGGGAGUUAUAAUAAGUAAAUAGAAGAACACAUUGUAACAGUAUCCAAUGAAUUAUAUCUCCACCAGUUGCUCUGAAUUUCCAGACCCCUGGAUAUAAAAUGGAUUUAAACCGGGGUCGUUUCCAGGAUAAUGGUCGUUGUGGAUAUAUCCUGAAACCGGAAUUUCUACGGAGGGCAGAUACUUCCUUCAAUCCCGAGAUAGUCAGCAACAGCAUGAAGAUUCUCCAUGUCAGGGUGAGUGACAGAUGACUUUAGUCUUCAUGGGAAAAGCAGCUACGGGCAAAAUCUGCUAUUAAAGGGAUAAACCUCUUAUCUUGAGCUGAACGUGUGUAUUUAAAUGAAGUUCAGUUUAGUUGACUGAGUAUUUAAAGGAUCACUAUAGUGUCAGGAAAACAAAGCGGUUUUCCUGACACUAUAGUGUCCUGAGGGUGCCCCCACCCUCAGGGUCCCCCUCCCGUGGCGCUGAAGGGGUUAAAACCCCUUCAACCACUUACCUUAUUCCAGCGCCGUGCUCCCCCGCCGACGUCAGCUCCCCCGUCUGACGUCAGUGGAGCUGAAUGCGCAUGCGUGGCAAGUGCCGCGCGCGCAUUCAAAGUGUCCAUAGGAAAGCAUUUCUCAAUGCUUUCCUAUGGACGUUCUGUGCGAUGGAAGCAUACUAUGCCUCCAGCCUCGCAGAUGCGGCUCUAGUGGCUCUCCGGAAGACAGCCACUAGAGGCUGGCUUAACCCCAAAUGUAAACAGCAGUUUCUCUGAAGGGUUAAAACCUGAGGGACCUGGCACCCAGACAACUUCAUUGAGCUGAAGUGGUCUGGGUGACUAUAAUGUCCCUUUAAACAGGUCUUUGCUCUUACGAUAUCCUGGAUGGGAGAAUAAUUAUAAUUAAAUGAAUUGACCUUAGUCCUACUGUGACCUUCAUGGUAAUUGUGAAAUGUGUUCAAGCAUCUGCUCCUCCAAAUAGGUUAUUUCUGCUCAACAACUCCCAAAACUCAACAAAGAGAAGCCAAGUUCAAUUGUUGACCCUUUCGUUCGAGUGGAGAUUCACAGUGUGGGAAGGAAGCGAGAACAAGAGACAAACUACAUCCUUAACAAUGGUAAGACCUGGAAUAACUCUUAGUUAAACCACUACUGAGUAAAAUGAUUUGCUGUCAAGCCAUACAAUCACUCCCUAACAAGGUGUAUUGAGGUUCGAAUUAGAGUGAUGUGCCCCCAAAAACAUUUCUACUCUGUUGUCGUUGGUUAUAGGAUUUAACCCCCUUUGGAAUGAAGAACUAAGGUUGGAGGUUCUAGUACCUGAACUUGCCCUUGUGAGGUUUGUGGUAGAAGAUUACGACAAAACUUCGAGUAAUGACUUUGUAGGACAAUUUACGCUGCCUUUCCCCAGCCUGAGGCAAGGUAAGUGAGAAGACAGUGUGGUCAAAGUAGAAAGAGGAAGGAGUGGAAAUAAGUUAUAGAUGGGUGUAAAGAAGGAUGAAAGUGAAGGCAGCCUUCAGAGAAUUUAAGGCUUAGUGUAAAGAGUAGGAACAUCCUUGGACAUUUAGCAGUAAAAAAUGCUUAAUGUAGGACUAAGCAAGGAAUAGUUUCGAGGUAUAGAUAAAAUAUGAAACAGAUGAGUGGACAUAUUUUGGGGGGCAAGAUACAAACGACUAGAAAUUGUUUCCAAUAGGAAAUAUUUACUGAACUGGAGGAAGAGGGCAAUAUGUUGUGGAUUCGGUAUUAGAAGGUGGUUUAAGGUUGUUAAGAGCAGUGGUUCCCAAACCAGUCCUCAUGACCCACCAACAAUCCAGGAUUUACGUAUUUCACCGUUUUAUUCCAGUUGAGAUACUGACAAAACCUGGACUGUUGGUGGGUCUAGAGGACUGGUUUGGGAAACACUUGUUUAGAGGAUAAGGUUUAACAUGGAUUAAAAGGGCAGGAUUAUUAAUUCAGGUCAGAUCGUCUAAAUUGCAUUGAGACAUUUGUCAGAAAACAUAUCGGGGUCAUCUUCCUUUAUUUAUCCAGGUUACCGCCAUGUACACCUCCUCUCCAAGGAUGGCACCUCACUCUCCCCUGCCACAUUGUUUGUACACUUGCAAAUCAAGGAUCCGUGAAAAUCUUUUGGAAUGUGGAAAGCUCUGAUCUCUUCUUCUCAGACGACUGCAGGAAGCGGAACAAGUGUGGCCGGGAAGAUGCUCGAUAUUUUGUAUGCCCUUAUAUUUUCAGGCACUGCUGGAGGAACAAAUUAAUUCUCAACAAACCUGGUCUACAAGGUCUCUCUCCACAAUGCAUGCCUGUCAAACACCUAGUGACUCAGUAUAUAUCGGUUUAACAAAACAAAACAAAAAAAAAUCUGAUCAGUCGUGCCGUAUCGGAAAUACCUUUACAAUACCCGAUCAGUGUUACCAAAAGAUGCCUUACCUAUUUGGUGUUAAAAAAAUCCCAAAGCCAUAACUAGCUGGGCAUAAUCCAGUGGUGUUUUGCAAGAGAAAAAAAUUUUGCUUUCUGUGCCAAAUGAAAAUGAUUUAUAAUAAACAUCACAUAGCACCAGUUAGGAGGCAAAUAAUAUAUUUUUAGAGGUAUUCUUUCUGUUAAAUGUAUAUAGAUCUAUACAAGAAGACAAAGUAUCAACCAAUAUGCCAUAAAAUAAAUUACUUGAUAAUUAGCACGACAGUAAAGCCAAAUAUCAUUUUUAUGUAUGAGUCAGGCGAUGGUAAUUAUUGUGUAUGUAUGUAUGUAUAUAUAUAUAUAAAAUGUAUAUACAAUGCUGUGAAAAUGUCUUGACUAUGGAGGACAUAUAUGUUUAAAGCUAUUUAUUUGGACGUGAAGUUGUUUAUUUUCUCAGACAAUAUACCAUACAAUACAAAUAAACAUUAAAACGUUUUAAAAUACAAAAUACUAUCGUUAGUUAGUAGAUGCUAGAUGUAUAAUUCUUUCCCAGACCACAAAUUGACAUAGAAGUGCGGCUAGUGAAAUUUAAGAAAACGUGAAAUGGUAAGCCUAGGAACCAUAACAACUGCAGUUCUAUGUAGUUUUUAUGGUGCUAGUAGUCACCAUUUUUUAAUGGUUUGAGACUCGCCUGGAUCACCAAUGAGCCACCAUUCCAGCUUCCUGUUCUCAUAUAUAUAAAAAAAAAAAAAGUAUUGUGGAAAACAAAAAUAAGAGAAUUGUAAAUCGAUCUGUGAAUUUUCUAUUUGAUGCCAAAAUAGUGAAGUUGUAAAACUAGUGGUAUUGAAUAUUUUUUCUAAAUACUGUAUUAUCUAGAGUGUUACAUUAGCCUCAAUGAAGGCUAUUCAAAAAUAUAUAAAUAAAUAUGGUUUCAUUUAUAUAUAAUAUGUAUCUAGACAGCUCUAUAGAGUUGUGUAUUUGUUCUCUCAUAGAAGAAUCUUUCUUUAACCAGGUGUAAGGGACUAUUAAAGGUCCAGGUUUGUAUUUUUUCAAUAUGCCCGCUAAUAGGGUUAUUUACUAAUUCAUUAACCUUGUAAUGCUUUCAUCAACCACUACCCCAUAGAUCCAGUCACCUUCCUCCAGCACCAUAAUCCCCUCAUCUGCCGCAGGUAUACUAUAAUCCCCUCACCUCUAGCACCAUAACCACUUCAAACCCCCAUAAUCCCUUUGUUAGCCCCGUGCCACUUGCCUUAUAAUGCCGUCUUCCCUAUCUACAUUCACAGUAUUUUAACCUCCUAAUCCCAUUAUCCUGGUCCCUCCGUUCUCAAUCCACACCGUCCCACUAAUCCCAGCCAGAAAGUACCAAUACGUCUUCAUCCCAAUAAAUAUCAGCCAGUUAGUGCCAUCACAGUUCGGCUAUUAUAGCCUAUAUUUUGCAAUGUGUUCUGUGUUUUUCACCACAAUUCUUAGUUUAUUGAUUAAACCAUGUGUCUUGUUACCCACACAAAAACUAUAUAUUUUAUUUCUGGUAUUACCUUGCAAUUCAUUCAGGUCUUGUUUACUGUAUGACAUUUAAAGAACCAUCACCAACUGAGAUAAAUUAAUAUAUGUUCCAUAGCAAAAAAUAAAAAUAGAUGACAUUCCGUCAGCCUGAAGCAAUGUUCGAAAGCUUGCAUCACUCAAAGAAUGGCAAUCAGGGUACAGCUAUGUAAUUAAUGGGGGUUAUUAAUGUUUAUAAGGCAACAGCACAGAGAAAGAUUUCUAAAUAUAUAAGAAUUUUAUUAACUUUGAAUGCGUCCUCCUCUGUUUAGCUAUAAAACCAAAGUAUUGUUUUAUUUAAGUUCUCUUUGCUCUGUUAUAACUACAGGACAAAAUCCGCUCUCUUUGUAAUAAAUGUACAUUUUCAAGUUUUUCUGGGUCCCAUGUGCAUUUAUUUACACAUAUUUAACAUUUUGCAAUUUUCUAGGUCGCAUGAAAGCCAGUUGCAACUAGGCCUGUUAGUUAUAAAACCAAAUCAGUAGGACUUUAUAAGCAUUUCAACCAAUAAUUCUAGGAUCAAUGAGCAGAAAGCCAAAAGAUCUUGUGUUUAAUGCACAAGAUUCUUCGUCCUAUUAUGGCACAUGCCAGUUAAAGGGUCACUCAAGCCGGGAAUCUAUUUUUUUUUUUUUUUUUUUUUAAAUACACCAUUGCAUUUACAAAAUAUGCACAAUAACCUCUCAAUAAUACAAAAAGAUAAUGCUAUUUUAAAAAUAAAUAAAACAUUUUUAACAAAUUCCCAUGCUUUUCCCAAGACAUUGUCAGCUAAUCAGGAUGCUGACUUUAUCUCAAAUCUUUGCACCACAUGGGUUUAUAGACAGAAGAGGUGUGUUUGGAAGUUGUAAUUAUGUGAACAUUUUAUAAAUCUUAAAGGAACACUAUAGUGUCAGGGAUAUUUUUGUGUUCUUAACACUAUAGUGUUCCUUUAAAAAUUUAGCAAAUGACAAUGAAAUUCUGUUCAGCUCAGACACACAUUUCAAAUGGGGAGGAGAUAGAAUAUUUUUUUUUUUUUCAUCCUACACCUUCCAUUCUAUGAGAAAGGUAAAUGAGUGGUGUGGAUUUCUACUUUUAAAAUUCUUUUUCCAGACCUCAAACACAUUUGUUACAGAGCACCUGAUAUUUCAUCUAUACAUUUAAAAUAGUUUUAUUUUUUUCCCCAUCUGCCAAUCAAUUCUUCAGCAUAAACCUCUAUGCAGAGGAAUCGAUUGAUAAAGGAGAACAAAAAAAACACCACACAGUGGUCCUUGUGCUCUUCACCCAUAUUGUAACUCCCUAAACCGGUGUUGGCUAAGGAGUGUAAGUUCAGAUUCUGGCAUGCAAGCAUCAAAGCAAACAUGUCUGUAAUGCAGGAGUUUUAGCCUGCACUGGGAAGUGUCCCCAGCCAGGGCAAGUCUGUGAAGAUGCCAGGUGAACCCGAUGUGGGGGUUACAGAAAUGUAACAGCCACCAUCUCUGAAAUGAAGUUGCAAUGGGGGAGCAGAGGGACAGGUAGGUGGUGACAAAAAGUGAAACAUGGGAAUAAGAAAAUAAAAAAACAAAAAUAAAUAAUGGGAAGGGACAGUGCUGCUUGAGACCACACAUUAUACCAACACACACAUUUGCAUUUUUCAUGAUUGAAAUGGGAAUUACAGCUGGAGUGUUCGUAGUAGUACAGUAGUUUAUAUUAGAAAACUACACUUUGUUUUGAUAGACCAGAAUGGUAAAGGUGGGAUCUACACCUCCCCUUCUCCAAAAUCCUGGAAACCAUUGAACAAGUUUAUAAAGCCAGAUAGGUUAGUGCAUCUCAAGCUGUAACAUACAUUAGUUAUCCAGCUGCUUGAUGCUUUCCUUUUAUGUCCGUUUUGGAUUCCGCACUCGAUUCGUGGAAUACCCAAACUUUAGUUAUGUGCUUAUGGAUUUAACAGACAUGAACACACCCAAGCAAAAUAGGCAAAUAUCCAGUAACUGCUAUCGGAAACCAGAGUUCUGUUCAUAUUAAUACAGGUAGCUGUGCAUCUUGCUUUUUAAAAAACCAAUAUAAAUGGGUUUUAAGGGAAAUUUGGACAAAAUAUAACAAAAGCAUUUAAAAAAAAAAAAAAAAAAACACUCAUAACUUUUUUUGAAAGAUGAGACUACAAAUUCAGAAUAAGUGAGACUGUCACAGGCGGUGGUGGUCUCUGCAGUUCUUUACUAAAAACCAACACAGGUAAAACAUUUGUUAGACGGUUUAACCUGGUAGAAGGAAGGAAAGGUAUGCGCUCAUUUUUAGUUUUUCCCCGAGCUCCGCCACCCUCUCCACCUAACAUACAGCGCUGUAAAAUCUGUUGGUGCUUUAUAAAUAAUAAUCUAGCACACGCAAAGAGAGAAAGAUGCCAUACACCCUAUGUUUUCUUAUCUCUGUUCAUUAAUACAUAAAAAAGCAUGGGUUUUUCACAUAAUCUUUGUGGAAAAAUCUCCUAAGUCACAAAUCUUCAUAAAAAAAAACAAACUACAAUCUCUUUAAACCAUUAAAAAAAAAAAAAAAAUCAAAC